GCGUUAUUAAACUGAUUAUCGGUGAAAAAGAGUAUUGAGUACACAAGCAUUUAAUAUUUCCACAACUCUAAUACUUUGUCAACAAAUAUUGAUUACAAAAUGAUUUCUACACAAACGGAUUUAAACGUGAAAGUUAAAAAGUCCGGGGAGAAGAUAUCUGAAAACAUACACAUUGUUGCGAAUGAUCCCUCUUUAGCAUUUUUUCGAAUUCAAGAGCACGUAAGAAAAGUCAUUCAGCCAAUUUUAGACAAACGAAUAGAGGUUAUUAUGCUUCAAAAAAACUUACAAGGACAUUGUUUUGAUAUGGAAUAUGCUGUAAGGGCAAUGAAGAAUAUCGAGUACUCAGAUGGCAUAUUUGAUCAAGUUCAGGAUGUGAUAAAAAAUUCAAUUUUUUUAAAACAACAAUUGAAAUACGAACAAAUCAAGAAUAAGCUGGAUAAGGAAACACAAAGGAAUUCAGUGUACAAACGAUUUUCCGCUCAUUUAGCUUUAGAUUUGCCAGAUUUUACAGAUAUAACUGGAGUAAUGAGAGAUACAAGUUCUCGAAUGGAAACAAUGAUUACAUUAAACAAGAAUGAUACAACUUAUUCUCCUAACAACAUAGAGCUACAUAGAUCACAUACUACUUUACACUAAAAUUUAGAACAAAAUAACAAAAUUUGUAUCAAAAACAAUUUUAAAAAUUUUCGAAAUCGU